GGAAAACACUGCUGACGUGUCAAACCCAUGUGCGAAAUCCUACACACCUGUUGCUUGGCUUGCGGGGCCCAAACUUCCACCGUAACCGUUGAUAUUUAAUCACACGGCACAUCAACGGUUCAUUUCCACCGUUUCUGAUGGGUCCCACUGUGAUUUAUAACUCCCAACCUUGUUUUAAAGUACUACUGAACUCUGCCACUCUCUGGUUUCUACUGACCCGACUUCUUCCUUGUUAUCUUUCUCCUCAUGGACUCUGUUUCUUCUGCACACCCCAAAUGGCUCUUUUCCGUCAUCGUACUCGUUUGUUACGCGACGGUCACCAUACGUGCGGACCUCCCCGGUACGUGGGAGCUUCUUGUCCCGAACGCCGGCAUUGCCUCGAUGCACACGGCGGUGACGCGCUUCAACACGGUGGUUCUCCUGGACAGGACUAAAAUUGGUCCAUCCCGCAAGAUGCUCCCCAAAGGCCAUUGCCGGAGUGACAGAAAAGGGCACGACUGCUACGCUCACUCCGUUCUUUUCGACCCGCAAACCAAAGAAAUCCGACCUUUGAUGAUCCUCACCGACACCUGGUGCUCGUCGGGACAGUUCUUGGCAGACGGGACUCUGUUGCAAACGGGUGGUGACUUGGACGGGUUUAAAAAGAUUCGUAUGUUUCGACCGUGCAAGGUUGGUGGGUUUUGUGAUUGGGUGGAAUUACAAGACGUGGAGCUGGCGAAUGGGAGGUGGUACGCGACGAAUCAGAUACUGCCGGACGGUAUGGUGAUCAUCGUUGGGGGAAGAGGAAGCAACACCGUCGAGUAUUAUCCUCCGAGGAAAGACGGUGCCGUGGUGUUCCCGUUCUUGGCUGAGACGGAGGAUUCUCAGAUGGAUAACUUGUACCCUUACGUACACCUCCUUCCCAACGGUCACAUUUUCAUCUUUGCCAACAACAAGGCAGUUCUUUAUGAUCAUCAGGAAAACAUAGUAGUCCGGAAUUAUCCACCCUUGGAUGGGGGCCCACGUAAUUACCCUUCAGCAGGAUCAUCAGCCAUGCUGGCGCUUCAAGGCGACUACUCGACCGCUGUCAUUAUUGUCUGCGGUGGGGCUCAGUUCGGUGCGUUCAUCGAGAGGAGCACCGACACCCCAGCUCACGGUAGUUGCGGGCGCAUAGUUGCCACGUCACCCGAACCGGAAUGGGAAAUGGAAGACAUGCCUUUUGGGCGGAUCAUGGGCGACAUGGUCAUGCUCCCAACUGGGGAAGUUUUGAUCAUUAAUGGAGCCCAAGCCGGAAGCCAAGGGUUCGAGAUGGCGUCGAACCCGUGCUUACACCCGGUUCUUUAUCGCCCGGAUCAACCAAUCGGGUUACGGUUCAUGACUUUGAACCCAGGCACAGUACCCAGAAUGUACCACUCAACGGCAAAUCUAUUGCCUGACGGGCGGGUAUUACUGGCCGGAAGUAACCCACAUGUUUUCUACAAAUUUAACAUUGAAUUCCCCACCGAAUUACGGGUUGAAGCUUUUUCGCCGGAAUACUUGUCAGCCGAUCGGGCAAAUAUCCGACCCGCAAUUGAGGAGAUUCCGGAGACGGUACGUUACGGCGAGACGUUUGAUGUGCUUGUAUCGGUUUUGCUGCCGGUGGUGGGGAUUGUGGAGGUUAAUUUGAUCAAUGCCCCUUUUGCCACGCAUUCAUUUUCACAGGGUCAAAGGCUGGUCAAACUCACCGCUACCCCAUCGGUUCCUGACGGUAACGGUCGGUACAAGAUCGGAUGUACAGCGCCGCCUAACGGUGCGGUCGCUCCGCCGGGUUACUACAUGGCUUUCGCAGUCAACCAAGGCGUCCCAAGUGUGGCACGUUGGGUACAUUUAAUUCCUUGAUAACUAAUUAAAUUUAUAUUUUUCCUUUUACAUUUGUUAAAAAUAACUGCAAUUGUCUAAGUGUGGAUACGUGGGUAAUUUGCAAUUUUUUGUUUCAACAUUUAUCCAGUUUAUAGAUUAAACUGUA